AUGGAUCAAUUAGAAUAUAAAUAAGAGAAAUAAUCACAUAAAAAUAUUACCGAUUAAUAAGGUAUUUAAUUUUAAUAACUAGAAAACAAUUAUUCUAAUUAAGUGAAAAUCUCUUUGAGAACCAUACCUACCAAACCAGUAGAGAUUGUUUACAAUAUGAAAAUAUUCGAACAAUAUUUAAUGGAUAUGUAGAAACUAUUGUGA